CUCUUCCUCGCUGCCGCCCUCCUCUUCCUCGGCCAAGGAAGCAACGGGAUUGGUGGAGGUGCCCAAAUGCCCCUGGUGGGAUCGGUGGGGAGGAGAAGACCUCUGCGACCCAUGGCCACCAGCUGGAGCUUGUCCCGGAGGAAGCGAGAGGAGGAGGAGCCACCUUCAUACCUGAAGUGGGUGGACUUUGAAGGCCAGUUGCCCGCCGACGCUGUCUCCAACUGGAACAACUACACCAAGAAGCUGGAGUAUGUCUGCUCAACACAGGUGCUUGGCUGUGACACUGGGGCCUACAUCCCCGACCGAGGUCCCUUCUGCUUCUUCCCCUAUGGGGAAAUGGAACAAGAAGCCGAGAUCUUCAAGGUGUUGGUCAAUGUGGGAGGCUUUGAGGCGCUGGGUUGGGUCGAUGACUCCUUCGGUAACGUGCCCAAAAACGCCGUGGAGGGCUGCCCGUCGGUUGAUGUCUUCAUCGGGAGGAACCGCUAUGGCUUGGGCAAGAUCUCCAAAGUGCAGAGGGCUGCCUUCAUGAUUGUGGAUGGGGAGGAGGUUUGGUUCAAGUGGUACCAAGUCUUGGUGGUCAAGAAGGGCCCGGCGGAUGUCACCAUCUCCGAUGUCCACUACAACAUGAGCGGGCUGGUGGAAGAUGGGGAAGACAUCACCCUGAUGAGGACCGUGGUGAGGAACGAGGGCUGCCGAGGGGUGCGUAAAGCCGUCACCUUGGAGGAGGUCACUGAGAUGGAGCACGACUGGGCGAUGGACAAGCGAGUCUUCACCACCAUCCGCGGGGUGUUACGAGCUGCCCUCUUGGUCUUCACUGGGACCCACUGGGAGGCCACCAACGUCACCAACAUCUCCUGGGUGGGAGGAGCCAGCACCAGCGAGUACAUUGUCCAUACCCACACGGUGGAGGAGGAGGUGCAGCCCCGGACGGCGUGCGCGGUGGCCUUGGAAGGACGUCGGUUGGACGUCCGCGUCCCCUUCACUGCGCAGUUGACCCGCGAUUUCGGUGACGGUCAACCGCACCACGUGACGGUGAUGGGGUGGGCCCGCAGCCGCGCGGUGGUGGGCGUCAAGGCUGGCGUCAAGGAGUGUUGGCCCAUCACCGAUGUCCCACCAUGCCGGGCGUAG